UCUUCAUCCAAAAAUCACUCACUCUCAAAGCCAAUAAUCUUCAUAAUAGUAAACAUCACUUAAUUAUAGUGUUUGUGAAGAAUAUGGCUUCCAAGGGUCUCGCAGUCCCUCUUCUCCUCACUCUCAACCUUCUUUUCUUCACCAUGGUCAGCUCUGCUGCUCCGUGCACGCCGACGACGCCUUCUUCUCCGUCAUCGCCUUCCUCGUCCAAUCGGCGUUGUCCGCUGGAUGCCCUGAAGUUGGGUGUAUGUGCCAAUGUGUUGAAUUUGGUGAAUGUGAAGGUUGGAUCACCACCAACACUGCCAUGCUGCAGUCUCCUUAAGGGUUUGGUUGAUCUUGAAGUUGCUGCCUGCCUUUGCACUGCCCUUAAGGCUAAUGUUCUCGGCAUCAACCUCAACAUUCCAAUUUCUUUGAGUCUCAUUCUUAACAACUGUGGAAUGAACAACUCUGGUUUCCAGUGUCCUUAGGUCAAUCUUAUUUUUUCUUUUUUUUUUUUUUUUUAUAUUCCAUUGAUGUAAUAUGUUUCAAUAAGUUUGUUUUUCUUGUUUCUCUGUGUGUUUUGGUUCAAAGGCACUUGCAUGCCAUUCAUUAAGAUGGAAAUUUGUCAUUCAUAGCUUGUGAAUGGAAUUGAUUAAUUGUCUGAGUAUUAUUUAUUUAUUUAUUCUGCAAGUUUUGAGUUGUACUGUUUUUUAAUUAGUAUUCGUUUUACUUUCAA